GGACCCGCGGGGCGGCGCGGCGCGGCGCGGCGCAUCCCAUCCCAUCCCGUCUCGUCCCAUCCCAUCCUGCGGGCGGCGGCGGUCCGGCGCAAGAUGAUGAAGUUUCGGUUCCGGCGGCAGGGUGCCGACCCGCAGCGCGAGAAGCUCAAGCAAGAACUCUUCGCCUUCCACAAGACCGUGGAGCAUGGCUUCCCCAACCAGCCCAGUGCCUUGGCAUUUGACCCUGAACUUCGAAUCAUGGCAAUUGGCACAAAGUCUGGGGCUGUCAAGAUCUAUGGUGCUCCUGGUGUGGAGUUCUCCGGCGUGCAUCGAGAUGUAGCCACUGUCACCCAGAUGCACUUCCUGUCCGGCCAGGGCCGCCUCCUGACACUGCUGGAUGACAGCAGUCUGCACCUCUGGGAGAUUGUCCACGACAGCAGCUGCGCCCACCUGGAUCAAGUGUGCAGCUUCCAGCCACCCACCCGUCCAGGCUUUGAUGGAGCUAGUGGCCUAGCUAGUCUUGCCCGAGUCACAGUGGUCUUGCUGGUGGCUGCUGGCAACAUGGCAGCACUGGGCACCGAGGGUGGCAGCAUCUGCUUCCUGGAUAUUCCCACCCUGAUGUUGUUGGAGGGGCGGACGCUUAGCCCAGAGGAGGUUCUACGAAGUGUGCCUGAUGACUACCGGUGUGGGAAGGCACUGGGCCCUGUGGAAUCGCUCCAAGGACACCUGCGGGACCCCAAUAAGAUCCUCAUCGGCUACAGUAGGGGCUUGCUGGUCAUCUGGAACCAGGCUGCACAAUGUGCAGACCGCAUCUUCCUGGGAAACCAGCAGCUGGAGAGUCUGUGUUGGGAGCGCAGCGGUGACACACUAGUCAGCUCUCACAGUGAUGGCAGCUAUGCUGUCUGGUCUGCUGACAGCAGCUCUCCAGUCAUGCAGCCCACUGUAGCCACCAUGCCCUAUGGUCCUUUUCCCUGUAAGGCCAUCAACAAGAUUCUGUGGCGAAGCUGUGCAUCUGGGGGCCACUUUAUCAUCUUCAGUGGUGGUAUGCCCCGUGCCAGCUAUGGUGAUCGCCACUGUGUCAGUGUGCUCCGGGAUGAGACUCUGGUGACUCUGGACUUCACCUCCCGUGUCAUCGACUUCUUCACGGUGCAUAGCACGAGUCCUGAGGAUGAAUUCGAUGAGCCUCAGGCUCUGGCUGUUCUGCUUGAAGAAGAGCUGGUGGUAUUAGACCUGCAAACCCCUGGCUGGCCAACUGUGCCUGCUCCCUACUUGGCUCCUCUACACUCAUCUGCAAUCACCUGCUCAGCCCAUAUUGCUAACGUACCCGCCAAGCUGUGGGCCCGUAUUGUGAGUGCAGGCGAGCAGCAGAACCUCCAUCCUGCCUCCAGUGCCUUGAGCUGGCCAAUCACCGGUGGCCGGAAUCUGGCCCAGGAGCCAUUGCAGCGAGGACUGUUACUGACUGGCCAUGAAGAUGGCACAGUGCGGUUCUGGGAUGCCUCCAGUGUGGCUCUGCGGCCACUCUACAAGCUAAGCACAGCCGGCCUUUUCCAGAUGGACUGUGAACACACGGACAGUCUGGCCCAGGGUGCUGAGGAUGACUGGCCGCCAUUCCGCAAGGUGGGCUGCUUUGACCCCUACAGCGAUGACCCUCGGCUUGGCGUGCAAAAGGUGGCUCUCUGCAAAUACACGGCCCACCUGGUAGUGGCUGGCACCGCUGGCCAGGUGCUGGUACUGGAGCUAAGUGACGUGCCGUCAGAGCAGGCGGUGAGUGUUGCUAGCGUGGACCUUCUCCAGGACCGUGAGGGAUUCACGUGGAAGGGCCAUGAGCGGCUUAGCCCACGCACAGGACAGCUGCCCUGGCCUGCCGGCUUCCAGCCCCAUGUGUUGGUUCAGUGCCUGCCACCAGCUGCUGUCACUGCUGUCACGCUCCACGCGGAAUGGAGCCUUGUGGCCUUUGGCACUAGUCAUGGCUUUGGCCUCUUCGACUACCAGCGCAAGUGCCCUGUACUGGCCAGGUGCACCCUUCACCCCAACGACUCACUGGCCAUGGAAGGACCACUCUCCCGGGUGAAGUCACUCAAGAAGUCACUGCGUCAGUCUUUCCGGCGCAUCCGCAAGAGCCGGGUCUCGGGCAAGAAGCGGACGGCUAAUGUCAACAGCAAGUUGCAGGAGGCCAAUGCUCAGCUGGCAGAGCAGACCUGUCCUCAUGAUGUGGAAAUGACGCCUGUGCAACGCCGCAUCGAGCCCCGCUCGGCUGAUGACUCCCUCUCGGGGGUUGUGCGUUGUCUCUACUUUGCUGACACAUUUCUUCGAGAUGCAACCCACCAUGGACCCACCAUGUGGGCAGGCACCAACUCAGGCUCUGUGUUUGCCUACGCACUAGAGGUGCCUACAGCUGCUGCAGGCGGCGAGAAGCGGCCUGAGCGGGCAGUGGAGGCUGUGCUGGGCAAGGAAGUGCAGCUGAUGCACCGUGCUCCAGUGGUAGCCAUUGCAGUGCUGGACGGGCGUGGCCGCCCACUGCCUGAGCCCUACGAGGCCUCACAGGACCUGGCACAGGCGCCUGACAUGCAGGGUGGCCACGCCGUGCUCAUCGCCUCUGAGGAGCAGUUCAAGGUGUUCACAUUACCCAAAGUGAGUGCCAAGACCAAGUUCAAGCUGACAGCCCAUGAGGGCUGCCGUGUACGCAAGGUGGCCCUGGCCACAUUCACCAGUGUGGCCUGUGAGGACUAUGCUGAGACCUGCCUGGCCUGCCUCACAAACUUGGGUGAUGUGCAUGUGUUCUCUGUACCCGGCCUGCGGCCCCAGGUGCACUACUCCUGUAUCCGCAAGGAGGACAUCAGUGGCAUCGCUUCUUGUGUUUUCACUCGCCAUGGCCAGGGUUUUUACCUGAUAUCCCCCUCAGAGUUUGAACGCUUCUCCCUAAGUGCCAGGGAUAUCACGGAGCCACUCUGCACUUUGGACAUUAGCUGGCGCUGCGAUGCUGCCUGUUCCAGGUUUCAAGAGUCUCCCAAGUUGAGCCAGCCUAAUGGGACCCCUGGUGUCAUCCUGGCCUCACGGACAUGUGACAGAAACCCCGAUUCUGCUCACAGCAGAGGAACUGACACCCCUGUGCCACCUGAGGCCACCCUCUCACCAAUGUCUGUCGACUCAGCCACCAGUGCCGACACCACACUGGACACGACAGGGGAUGUCACGGUGGAAGAUGUGAAUGAUUUCCUUGGGUCUUCUGAGGAGUCAGAGAAGAAUCUGAGGAAUCUGGCGGAAGAUGAGACUCGAGCCUGCGCCAUUCUGAUCAAAUGAGGUGCUCUUGGGGUAGCAGGCUUGGCUUUC